AUGGGCAACAUCCACCCACCUCUCGCCAUUUUCAAGUCCUUUGGACAACAAACGUCAAGAGACAACCGGGACACAAGGAAAAUGGAAGACGACAAAAUGGGAUGGACCACAGAUAUCCGUUCGGAAUCUACCAUUCGGCAACAGCAUAUGCACGGCGCACCAGCUUCUCCGCGAACGGCAGUAUCGGGUCUAGGAAAUGAAAAGGAGGAAUUAAUAGUAGGACUCCGGCCGGGACAACUCAUCAGAGGGCCACCCAACGCACGUGUUGGCCAACUCCAGCUUAGCUUGGAGGGAUCUCGAUGGACAAUUGCCUGGCAUGACCGGAAGUUUACUUGCGAGCCAGUCUUCUACUCUUGGACAAGCCCAGUUCCAUAUCCUACAUUGGGGAACAAGGAUGAUGUCCAGCCUGUUUCUGCCCAACUAGCAGGUGCAUUCAUGUACACACUGCUGUUUCCUUCGCGUCACCCUCCCUAUCUUCCAUCCUCUUUGACACCGCCGGCUGGGCCAACAAGUUCACCAGACGACACCGCGAGCUUUUUUCUUGCGUUUGAACGCCGAAAAGAAAGGCUGCAAGCGGUGAUCAACCCAUCCGCAGCACAUCCCUAG